AUGUUUGCGACAAGACGAGCUUGGGGCGCAGGCAGGGCGCUAGCCGUUCGAUCGAGACCUGCGCCAUCUCAGAGCACGACGUUCCUCUCCUCAAUACCGUCGAGACGAUGCUAUGCAGACGAGAAAGCUAGCGUAGCACCCGAAUCCUCCCAGCAGCCAAAGCGAGGAGAGAUUUCCGCGUCGGGCCCCCUUCCCGAUGAAUCUGCAUCCCCAAUUGAUGCGUUGGGCGACGAGAAGCUGUACGAAAUACUCUACGGCGGACGCAUAGCGCCCAAGGAUGGAGAGCCGGGGUUGACAGAGGCUCAAGAGGAGAGUCUAUACAACACGGGCAGGAUACCGGUCCCUGAGGAAGCCGAAGCCAUCGCUGCCUCUGCCGAGCUGGAGGCGCAGGCUCUUCCGGAGGCACAGCAGCAGCUCACCCACAAGUUUGCGCUGCCCGCCAGGCCAUACGCGCCCGAUCACCACCACAAGAAACGCUACCAUCCCGUCAUCGACCUGCUGGUCCGCAUGAUCAUGAAGGAUGGAAAGCUCAGCGUUGCACAGAGGCACCUGGCCACGGCCAUGAACGUACUACGAACGUCGCCAGCGCCCAUCUACAGCCCCAAGUUUCCCCUCCUGCCGGGCACGCCCCCCGCGUCGCAUCUACCGCUGAACCCCGUUCUGUACCUCACCGUGGCAGUGGACUCGGUGGCGCCGCUCUUGGUCAUCAAGCAGAUUGCCGGUGCCGCCGGUGGUGGCCGCGCCCUCGAGGUUCCCCAGCCAACCUCCAUCCGACUGCGCAGACGAUUAGCGUUCCAGUGGAUCCUCAGCGCUGUCGAAAAGAGACCGUCCAAGGGGUCUGGGCGCAAGCAGUUUGGCCACCGGUUGGCUGAGGAGAUUGUCGCGGUGGUGGAGGGGCGCUCGGGAGUGUGGGACAAGAGGAAAGCCGUGCACAAGCAAGGUACAGUGGCCCGUGUCAACGUUGGCGCGAAGGGUAACAGGCGCAAGUGA